AAUUUCACGGGUUCCGAUGGGUCCCGUACCGUGUUAUCCUGCUCUCUUCGUAAGUUUGUUCCCGGUAGUCAACAUUGCCUGCUACUCCAAAGUGUGCAUACAGAAUUUUUCUUUUCCAGCUCGCUCUAUGCAUUUACCGUUCAAGUGUCGUCGCUUACCAAUCUAAUUCUAAAGUCAACUGCUAUGUAGCCUUGCAACUCAUUCAACAGAAGCUUACGGAGAACAGGGCGCUUUCGAACGACACCGAUCACUCACCUCCCUAUUCCAGUGAAACACAGCGUGAACCAUUGAUUCCACACUAUUUGAAGUGUCAAGCAGACAGGCCUGAGCUGUUCGAAGCACGCCAGUGCAGCAAAUAUGACUGUUUUUGUGUUAAUGUCACAUCCGGGCUUCCAUUUCUUGGCACUCGUGGAAGUCCUUCUGAGGUCAGCGAUUGCUCUAUGGCAAUUUAUUCAAUUCUGCUGGCCAUACGCACCCCGAUCCACUAUCUCACAGGCAAUCGCGCGGGUUCCUCAGCUCAUUUCGGACUGCCAUCACCUAUCGUCGACCGUGAUAGUUCAACUUUGCCUCCCGAGAAAGAUGCGGAAAUGCGCUCUCGUAUCAAGUGGAGCCUUGAGGACAUUUUCAAAUCCGCUACUGGUCAUCAGUUCAUCGCAAACAUUUCCCAAUUGAUAACUGUUCACAUACGAAAUGCCACUGACUCCUCCUCCUCCAUCCCCACGAGCGAUAUGCUUUUCUACAGAGCCUACUUGGUCUCUGUUGGACAUGUGUCCGUGAACGCGCCUCAAAAUCUAAUACAGAAUCGCUUACACGAAGGAUAUCUUCAUGACGUUGGUAGCGUCGAUCCAGACAUAAGUCGAGUUGACUUAGUCGAGGCUGCAGUUGAUCCUUCCUCUGUCACUUUUUCGAAUGAUUUGGAUGCCUCAUCUGAUUUGGAUACCCAACCAGCUGAGACUCGCCAUCAAUGGAACUCCGAUGUGGACGUUUCCUUGUCCAAAACCAUAAUGGUCAGAAGCCCGGACGCUUUUUCACCCCUCGCCCGUUAUCCCGAACAUCGAUCUGAACGUGAGUCCAGACAGUUGUCCGUCGACGAGGAUACCCAUCUGAUCGGUGGCGUUAUGACACCAAUUUCCGAUUUUGCGUCUAGCUCUCUGCACCAGCCUUGGCCGGUGAGGACUUCACGUGAUCAUAUUUUCCGACUACCGGGUGUAAUUGCAGGCAUUGUCGGAAGCGUCGUAGUCGUCUUGUUGCUGCUGAUUUUACUUAUCCUCUUUUGCGUUUAUCGUCUCCGAAAGAAAGAUGAAGGUUCUUAUGCGUUGGACGAACCCAAGAAAACUCCCGUGAUGAACGCAUAUCAACGGGCUCCUACCAGAGAGUUUUAUGCAUAACGCUCAAUCAUUAAUCUGUCGAUGCCUACCGCUUUGGUGUUCUUGUGCAAUAACCUGAUUGGCAUUUUUUACCGUGAUCUCUAACACCCUAUGUGUGGGAGUUUCCGUGCAAUAUUUUUAAUUCUUACAAGCGUCCUUUACCACUUUCAUUCGAGAUAUUUUGACUUGUUUUCUCCUUGUCCGUUUUUAUGCUUAACGCCACUUGCUGAUAUCCACAUCUGCUGCGUUUUUGUUAUCCACUUACAUUGCUUGUCCAAACGGUUUUCUAAAAAUCACUUUCUUGUGUAUAGACAUUCUUAUCAUAUCUCGUGAUAUUGCGAUUACUCUUUUUUCCAUUUUCAUCCCUUCUCAUGCGUCCUCAGGGUAGUGUAUUCCAACGGACAAGCUCCACUCUUCCACAGACACAAUAGAUCUCAUCCCU